AUGGCGCCGCACGAGCUGGGAUCGGCUUGGAGCCAUGACUCAUACAAUGCUAUGCAGUAUCUGCGUGCUCGCACUCCAUACCCGCCAACGAUGACCGAGACUGUGUUUGACUACCAUGCACAAGGCGACAAGACCUCUUCCGGCAAGAGCCAAGACCGAUGGCAAUCAGCCCUUGAACUCGGUUGCGGUCCUGGUCAAAUGUCGAUCCAUCUCGCAACCCGUUUCAGCAAAGUAUACGGCCAAGAUCCGUCCCCGAACAUGCUUAAGCUUGCAAACACCGUCAAGCAUAUGUCAGCGGAAGAGCUAGCCGAGGUCAAACUUCCGCCCGUACACAACCCGGAAAGGAUCCAGUUCAGCCAGGCUCGUGGAGAGGAUCCUAUCCUACCUUCAGGUGAGAAAGUGGACCUUAUUAUGAUGGCAGCCUGCAUUCAUUGGAUGGACUGGGAGACUCCAGAGUCCAGCAAAGCGAACUGGACCAAGUGGUCGCAAUUGCUGAAGCCAGGUGGAUCGCUGAUCGUGGCAGGUGGCCGACCUGUGAUCGGGCCUUAUACGGGAGAGAAAGGAGAUCAGAUCCGACCUUUGCGAGAUUGGCUCAUGGACUUCCCUUUGGACCUGCCCGAGAUCAAUAAAUACUACAGCACGGGCAAUUCGGCUAUAGAAGAGCUACGCAAAGGAGGACUGUAUCGCAAGCUUCGCAUGCCCUGGACUCUCGAACCCCAGCUGGCAGAGCUGUGGGACAGCUCUUCAUACCUCUGGAUCCCGAUCGACGACUGUACAGUUCUCGGGGACAAAGCUACUUCUGCUAGACAGUUCCAGGUUGACGAUCCUGAAGAACUGGCGAACCAAUUCAAGGAUCUUCCAGACUGGGUGAGACCGAACGUUAGAAGAGCAGCACAAUGCGAUAAUUCGCAAGGUGAUCUGUUGAUCUCGAUGACCACACCGCGGAAGAUGGCUGAUUGGGUCCGAUCGACGUCGGCCUAUCUGAAGUUUAUGCAGGAUCAUCCGGAGCAAAAGACACUUAGUCUGCAGUGUGAGGACGUGGCUGCAAAAGAGAUCCAGAAGGUCUGCGAGAAGAUUGGGAUCGACUAUGAUUCUCAGAUCGAAUGUCACCACAGCGGUGCUAUACUUUGUGUCAGAAGGAGUGAGAAGGAGUUUUGA